GUGUCCAAAGUUGCUAGAUGCUCAUUGAGAUUGCACACUGCCCAACUUGAAACUUUUAUUCACUUGUAAAGACUUUGUCAUUAUUUUCGUCCUAUUAUAAUGAGUUCUAGUGAUCAUCACAUAAAAGUGGACGACGAUGGAGAUAUAUCCGAUGAUGAGAAAAAGAAACUGCUUGAAGAUGGGGUAUUUACAACAACUGCUACCCCUAAACUUACCUACAACUGGGUUGAUAUCACCAAGGAAUUUACAACGCUGGCUAAAACUCUCAACCUUGGAGAGCUUCUCCUUGAUGAGCACUUUGGGUUGUAUGAAGCCAUGUCAGCUGUUGAGAUGAUGGACCCAAAAAUGGAUGCAGGCAUGAUGUGCAACCGUAGUGACAAACCAACUUUAACAUUUGCAAGAGCAGUUGAGUCGGGAAUUUUGAAAUUUGAAGGAUUAGAUCUCUCCGAACAGAUUGGAGUAAUCGAUCAUGUUUUAUCCUGCCUAGUUUCAUGGAUAGAGGGAAACUCUCUAGCUCAAACAGUUUUUGCAAAUCUGUACCUUCACAAGCCAUUCUACAUUGAAGAGCGACCUCUGAAAGCCUUUUGUAUUACAGCUUACAAGAUGGUGGAAAUUGUCAAACACUUCAUAGAUCAGGCAACAGUUUUUGAAGAGGAAGAUUAUCAGCCCAUGCAAUAUGGUUACCGCCUCAUACCAGAUGUUUCUGAACAACGUACAAUCGGCAUGUUGCGUGAAGUUGAAGAAGAUUUAUCUAGACGACUUAGACAACGUCCAGCGCUCCCCAACGCUGAAAGCAUCGGCGCUUUGCUGUCUCGAGUAAAGUUUGUAAGGCUACUGUAUUCAGUACUUGGAGUUCUUGGCCGGCAAGAUUCUGAACCAGAAGUGAGGAAAGAACUAAGACCUGACAGUGAACUCCACAAAGCCCUGAAUAAUUGUUCUGAACAGUUAACAAUUAUGCGUAAUACCAUAUCUCUUGGGAUCCCUCCAGAUUCCCCUAAACUAGGUUUUGAGCCCUUGGCUAACCAGCGCCUGCUUCCUCCUACAUUCCCUCGCUAUGCAAAAAUCAAAUCUCGAGAAGAAGCCUUUGUCUAUUAUGAUGAUUUGAUUCAACGACUGAAGGUUGUUUGCAAGAUUUACAGUCAUGCCUCUUUUCAUACUGCUCUGGACUUCUUCAUGGAGUUUAGUCGCCAGAAACCCUGUCUGUUAUCUAGAUCAAUUCUGCAGGUUUUGUAUAUUCCUCAGCCAUCCAGCCUCCUGACUAACACUCGUGUUGUAGAAAUAUUGAGAGAGGCAGCAAAGUCAUUUAUUUGCCCACCUGCUCUUUCAUCUAAAACUUUGCUUGCAUCCAAUCCACAGGCAAAAGAAUUUGUUGACAUGUUUCUUCUACACUGCGGCCGUCCUUUUGUUCAAUUGAUACAACUUUGUGGUCACAAUCGUGCCAGGCAGAGAGAACGGCUUGCUCACUUGUUGGAAGAUUUCUCUAACCUACAGGAUGAGGCUGAAAAGGUUGAUGCUUACCUGCAUAAUUUAACUUCCAAAUCAGAAGGAAAAAGGUCACAUCUAGCUUGCUUUGGAACAUGGAUUCUCUACCACACUCUGAGAAUAAUGAUAAUGUACUUAUUGUCUGGAUUUGAGCUUCAACUGUAUUCAAUUCAUGAAUAUCAUUAUAUCUACUGGUACUUGUAUGAGUUUCUUUAUGGAUGGCUUGUAUCGUCACUGUCAAGAGCAGAUAGCCUGCUUAUGGAGCAGGAAUCCUACUUGGAAAAAGAAAACUCAAGAGGCAAGGGUAAGAAGAAUAAAGUUCGUCGCAAAAAGGGGUGCAGACCAUACGCAAAGGACAUAACCCUCUCUCAAGUGUACCAAAAUCUUUGUGGAGGAUACUACAAGGCUACACUUGCUUUCCAGAGAACAGGAAAAAUAAGUUUUCCUAAGUCUGAAUUUGACUGUGAAAAAGUGCGCUAUGAACAUAGAUUUUUGCCAUUUUCUAACCUACAUACUCCACCACCAAUGCAAUAUAGUGAAUUUUCUGAUAUGACGAAGUCGAUGGAGACUCAGAUUUGUGUCGCUGACAGGGAAGCUCCAGAUCACUCUAGGUUAUUCAUGGCUGCUUGUAAGAACUUCCAUCAGGCUAGGACUUUGCUGGAAAUUAUGCCAAGCCCUGACCAGGAGGUCAACACCUUACUUUUAGUGGCCAAAACAAAUUUUGUUGUUCUAAAGCUUCUUGCUGGUGGCCAUAAACAAGAUUCAAACACGCCCCCCAUUUUUGAUUUUAGUCAUCAUUGUCAUUUCCCUAUUAUUAAACUUACUUAGUAAUACUUCUGUAUGAAAAAAUGUGUCUGUUGACUUUUAUUGCCACCUUUCUGAGAUACCAAUUAAAAUCUCAGUCAUUGUAAUAGAUUAUUUAGCUAAGUUUUUUUGUUGUUUCUUUUGUUUCAAAAAUUUGUUCACUUGUUCACAAUUUAUGUGAAUGGUUCUUAAUGGGUCUGAGUAAAUCAGUAUAUGAAUGUUUCUACCAUGUUGUCAAAGCGUUAACAACUGCUUCUCUUUUCUGUGAUGGUAAUGGUACUUUGGGAGUAUUUUGGGUACAGCGGUUUUCUACCUGAAUGUGACAUUGUAGUAACCUUUGAGCAUUCGUUUGUGUAUUCUACUCAUGAACUGAACUAAUAUUGUGCUAGUCAUACCAUCUAGUGGCUGUCUUCAUUAGACAUUGUUGAUCUGGUUUCUUUUAAGUGGUAAGAAAUCUUUCUUGUGUAAUCUCAAUGUUAAUUUGUUGUGAAGACUCCCAGUCAUGACUGAUGGAACCGUACAAAGUGACAAUCUUUUUUUUGUCUUGUUUUAGGAAGUAGUGUGUAUGUGUGUGUGUAUGUUGAUGUAAGAUUGCCACAUUAGUGUCUGUGUGUUUUUCAUAACUGGGAAUUUCAAGCUUGAAUUCAAGAUUUUUCUUUUGUAUAGGAUGAUGUGACAUGCCCACAGUUGAUGUAGUUUAUCAAUUAAGUCAAAAUGUUUUUAUUUAGGUUUGUCACAAUGUGAUAGAUUAGCAAUCAAUGUUUGACUAACAUGUGCUUUAGGGAAGAAGUUUAUGACAAAUUAUUGUGUUUCUGCAUUAUACUAUAAAUGUUUUAACUUGUAAUGAUCAAAUUUGUUUUGCAAGUUGUUUUUUUAUACCAUCUUAUAUAUCUUAUUAUUGCUGAGGCUUAGAAGGCUCAAGUAAUUCAAUGAGGAAAGGUCACUAGUAAUUUCUGCAAUGUCCGUUUUUGUUGCUUAGUUGUUAUUUUGUAUCCUGUUCUACUCAUUCAUUUUGUUUUACCAUGACUAAUUUUUCAACUGUAUCGAAUUUAUGCCAUACCCAUUCAUCUUCCCAUUCAGUGUCAUCUCUUUUACUUUCGCUUAUGUUAGGUUACAAAUUUACAAACCUAGAAAGUGUACCACGACCGCUACUGCUCUCCGUAAAGUCAAUAAAACAGUAUAAAACUUUUGAAGUAAAAUAAAUAAAAAUCAACAUUUUAUCAAA